ACGAAAAGAGUUUAAGAAAUGAGUGUAUAGAAAUAGCGAAAACGUAAGAUCGCGAAGAUGAGCUAAAUAUAACAUUCAGAACGAAUCAGUGCGUCGCGGCGCCGUGCCCGUGUCCGACCAAUGUGUCGAUUGUCGACCUCGCUUUGUCAACACUCUUUGUGCUUAUGAUACAAGGUAUAACAUAUACCAAAUCAUAUAAAAUCCCUUUCAAUCUCAAAAUUAUUUGAAUAGAAGUUUCAAGAAACACGUGAUUUGGAGAAUGUUGCGUUCAUCUGAAUCUUCGUCAAAUUACUCGAGAUCGAGGUUAAUAUGAUCCAGUUUUGGCUUUUGCCCUCUUAACUACAGCUGUUUCUUUGCUUUGGGUAAUGAAUAUUGACGUUGAGACAGCGGCGCCACGCCCCCGUCCACUAUCUGCUGGGAUAUGGACAUUGUUUUCAUGGAUGCGCCGAUCAGAGAAGUCUUUGUCCCAAGAAAGUAUCUCAAGUGUAGGGUCUGACAGAACAGCUGCUAGCUUUGAUUUCUUAUCCCCUGGACAAUAUAGAUAUUCUCGAGACCCUCUUUUAAUAUCACCAGCUCCUAUAACUGAUUCAUAUAGAAAGAGGUUACAUGAAAACAACCAACGUAGAAAACGCGAAAGAGAUAUCACACUACACCGUAAAUACGGUUUAUGGAAGGAAGAAGGCGCAGGAUACGACGGGUUUAGUUUGCCUCCACUUCCAAAUAAUUACAAUGAAGCCGGUGAAAAGAAAGUAAGGUGUCGAAGAGCUGCGAGUGAGUGCCUUCAGCGACGCUCUGCGUAUGUGCCCGGAAAACGAAGAGCACCGUUACCACCUUUAUCUACUACAUCGAAAUCAUUACCACGUAAUUAUAAAAGAAAGCGUCCAGCUCCUAAGCCACCAGUUAACGAAUUACUAGAAAAUACGCAGAAUACAGAAAUAAACAACAACGAUGAAAAAUUGUUUAAAGUAACCGCUACCACAUGCGAGAUAGAUACUCCGGAUAAAGCAAGGGAUUCAAAUUUAGAAAAAAUAAAAGAUCCUGGACAGCACAAAGAAACUAAGGUGAAAGUCGAAAAAAGUUUUAUCAGACAACUCUUUGAAAACAAAAAAAGAAGUUCAGCUAUAGAAAUUCCACAGGUUCGAUUACUACCUAGUAUAAGUGAACUAGAUAAAGAAGCUGCUGAAAUUAUAGAAAUAAAUAAAUAUCCUCGAAAUUAUAACAGUCAUAAUAAUCAAGAAAUGGCUGGAGAGAUGUGGAUGUGUACCAAAUGCUUAAGAAAAUACAAUAUGACAAUAAAAGCAUGUGUGUAUUGUGUGUCGCAACACAAAAAUACUUCAAGUUUAUUCACUCAAACUGAUCAUGUAUCAAGUAGAGUUGAUGAAACUAAAAAUAAACUUAAAGUUAAUGAUAAUAGUGAAGAAAAGGAAAAACUGAGGGAAAUGUUAAAGGAAUUAAAACAUUCCUUACCUAAAAAACAUAUAGACUCAAAACUUAAGUGCCACAACUCUAUUAAUAAAGAAUCGGUCACUACAGAAGCUGCGACUUUAAGGAUAGGUUCUCCAGCAGCUGACAAAUUAGUGCCACAGCAAAACAUUUUAACAAAUAAUAAUAACAAUAAAAAUAAUAGUAUAAUUAUAUCCCUUGAUGUUGGUGAUCCAAAAAAGGGUGAUACCGAAAAUUUAAAUAGCACUAUGCCUAAUAGGGAUAAUACUUUAUUAGAAAAUACCAAAAUAGAACCACGACUUGUACCUAAAAUAUCAAGUGAUGAUAUAAAUCGGACUACAAAAUCAGGAGCUUCCACUUCUUCAGUCGAAAUAACAUUCCCAAUGAAAAAUCAUCUAAAUUCUGUUAAUUGUUAUCAAAUCAAGGCGUCACCAGAAACUGUCAUAACUUCUUCAAAAAUAAAAACUGAAACUGAAAUAAUAAAAAAAGGUUCUUCAGAUGCUAUAGCUAAUAAAGACUUUGGGGUAACAGCAAGCGAAAUAAAGAAAACAAGUGAACAGACAGCAGUAAAAUUGAAUUGGUUAAAUGGCCCAAGUACCAGUACUAACCAAAAUUUAAAUACCCCAUUGAAGAUAUCAUCACUCCUUAAUCCAAUAUAUUUGCCUAAAUCUAAAAUAUUAACAGAAAAUCUCUGUACAUCACAUGCUAUCGCCACAAAACAUCAAAUUUCAACAACAGGAGCAGUAGAGAGUAAACAAAAUAAUUUGCAAACAAUAAAAGAAAGAAAAGACGAAUCACCAGUAAAAAGUGAAAAAAAUCCUAUUCACAAUAAUGAAAAUCUGUGUAAACUUGCAACUCGUAGAGAUUUAAUAAACCAAUUAGAACUUUCAAUUGCCAAGGGAGAUGAAAAAGUUGCUGCAGAAGCUGCUUCGAAAUUAGCGAAACUAAGAGUGGCGUGUUCUGUUUUAUCAUUUUCUUCACAAAUUGUAGCUGAGCCCUCUACAUCCAAACAUUUCGUAUGUUUUAAUACAGAGACGCCUGAACCCGCAACAGUUCACCAAAAAGAAGAAUGUGAAAAUAAUUUGUCCAAUUGUCAUGACAAAAAACCAAAUGAAAUAAUUAAAUUUCAGCAGUGCAAUUCAACCCAAAAAGAUGUAUGUUCAACGAAGGAAAUAAUUAUUGAAAAUGUCACCCGAGGCAAAACUUCUGCAGCUAGUCAAACUGAACAAGUUAAUGUUUCCAUUUCUAUUUGGAUUGAAGACAAAGUCGCAACUAGAGGUCCAAUUUUACUAAAAAUAUCUCGACACAGUACGUUGAAAGAUCUGAGACAGAUAGCGGAAAAGAUGUUGGGCUUAGAGAAACGAUUACAAAGAUGGAUAGUGGGGAUAACUCUAUGUAUAGACGAUACAAUAAAAUUGGAUACUGUGGCCGGGAAAGAUUUCAAAGCACCUUUUUAUUUAUGCGUUGUAGAAUCAGAAAACAAGAACCAAUCAAUUGGCCAGAAGGAAUUUGGAUCAGAAUCGAAUGAAAAUGCGACAGCAAUAGAAACAAGUGGACCUUCAUCAAUAAAUACUUCAAGAGAAUUUUAUAAUGAACUAAUUAAGUUAGAACAGCAAGCUAUAGUCUCGAAUAGUGACAGUUUUGAAUGUGAAGUUUGUAUGGAAACAUGUGGCGUUGGCAAAGGUGCGGUUCUUCGCGACUGUAUCCAUACAUUUUGUAGAGAAUGUCUUGGUGAUGUUGUGCGACACUGUGAAGAGCCAAUCGUGUCUUGUCCAGCAAUCGGAUGUCCGGGAGUACUACAGGAACGGGAAAUACGUGCACUAAUUUCUGAAGAAGAUUAUGAUAAGUGGUUGGCAAGAGGUUUGGCAGUUGCCGAAAGUGGUACUCGAAAUACUUUUCACUGUCGUACCCCCGACUGUACUGGUUGGGCAUUCUGCGAACCCGGAGUUCGAAAAUUUCCUUGCCCUGUUUGUAAACACACAAAUUGUGUACCUUGCCUGGCAGUACACGAAGCGACUACCUGUGAGCAAUAUCAAAGACAAUUGCACGAAACGGUUACAGCAGCCGCUGGUAACACUCAAACCGAUGAGGGUACACAAGAACUGCUCAACUCUCUCAUCUCUCGUGGCGAGGCCCUCGAAUGUCCUGAAUGCAAGUCUAUCAUAACAAAGAAAUGGGGAUGCGACUGGGUGAAGUGUUCAGCAUGUAAAACAGAAAUCUGUUGGAUAACAAAAGGACGGCGAUGGGGCCCCGGCGGGAAAGGCGACACUAGCGCCGGCUGUCGUUGCGGCGUUGAUGGAAAGCGUUGUCACCCAUUAUGCGGCUACUGUCAUUGACUACAACUAAAAUCCUAUUUAAUCUAUUUCCCGGUUACAUUAUCUUUGGGCCUGUCGAUGACGUCACAUAGUCGCUUUGUUACGGUGUGCAAAACAAGCAUCACUAAAAUAGGACAUUAUUAUUAAUAAUAAAUAAACAAUGAUUUAUUUUAUCAGUAUUAUAGAUUGAUGUAAAGAUGUCGUCAGUCGUGUUGUGAUUCUGAUUAUUAGUAUUAUAACGAUGAAAAAUUAAACGACCUGGAUUAAGUAAAAAAAUUUUUUUUUCUGGCAGUACAAUUAUAGCGAAACAGACAACAGAAACUACAGAACUAUUAAGAACAAAAGUCAAAAGGUAAUAAUGACAACUUCAAAAACAAAGUAGUAGACGGUAAUGAAACUGCAAACCGUACUGAUGCAACAGGACGAGCGCGAGGAGUUGAAAGGGGAACGGGAGAGGGUUUCACACACAGAGUACAUUUAUAGGAUAGUUUCUUGUUCCAGCGAGGUCCAGAGAUAAUGUUGCUGUGUAGAAUUAAAAUUAUUCUAGAAUGUUGACGAGCGGACUUAUGUGUUAAGCUGUAUUGAUUAAAUGAAUUGGUUUAAACAAUUUUAUGCUUGAAAUCCUCUAUUAAAGAUUCUGAAACAGUUAGCUUACUGCUAACAUUAAAAAAGCCAGUCCUAGUAACCAUUACAUCAUCCAAACGAGUGUUGUAAUGUUGUACUGAAUUUCAAUACAACACUCGUUUGAAGGAUGUAAUGGUUACUAGGACUGGCUUUUUUAAUUUAAGCAGUAAGCUAACUGUUUCAGAAUCUUUUAUAUAGAAUUCAUAUUAUGGGUGUAGAUAAAGUUUUGUAUGCAACUGUUGAUAAUUUGGUAUUAAAACACUCAUCUGAUACUAUUAUUACACUCGGUUUCGCCUCGUGUGAUAAACCCACAUUCGUGUUUUAAUACCCCUUAUUACACAACAGUUGCAUAAAUAGGUAACUAUUGUAGUUAGAUAAAUCUAGCAUAAUAGAUGUCAUUUAUUAUCAAUCACUUCACAUAUUUAGUCUUAGCCUAGCUAAGGCGUAGUACGGUUCUGAAAAAGAGUGCAGUUUGUGUUCGACAGUAGCGGAAAUUCCUCAAAUUUUCAGAUUUUUUGAAUCUUGUAUCGAGGAAGGUCAGGUCAAAUUUAAGUAAAACAUUUACUAGGUUUUUAGUUUUUAUCGAACACUAGUUCAAUUGUUCUAUUCGUCUAACUUGAAUUCCUAGUAAGAGACUAUGCUAGGUUUUUGGAUAUCUGUGUGAAAAUUUUACGUAGUAAGUCUCAUAAAAUUGUCAUGUGAACUACUUAGAUUAUUUAUAAGUCUGCUGAAAACGGCGAAAAAAAAAUUUCGGUUAACUGUUAACCUGUAUUUUGUGCAAUGCACGCACUCUAACACAAAGUACUAGGUGUACAUAUCGCGAGUGUAAGACGUAAAUUGUCAUGCGCACUAAAGUAAUAAACCUCGCCUGUUUUCAUGCGUUGUCUAACAGCACGAGGCUCUGUCUAGACGUAUGAAUUAUCUAAGCUUUUAAUUGAUUAAAUAUUUUCGUACCAGUUAAUGUACGCAUCCGUAUAAUCAUACUUACAUUCAUAAUUUAUUUAAGUAGGUAGUUUACCGCUAGGCUUAACAGUCUGUUACUCAAUCGCCGAAUAAACUUUUUUCAAUCAAA